CGCGGCGGCACCCUCUCUGCCUCUGCCAAUGCGAUUGGCCGACUGCCGCCCUUUGGCCUGGAGGCUGUUUGAAGAUGUGAUUGCAGUGCCUGAGGUGUAGAAUGCUCACUGGGCUUGGGGCUGCCUUCCAUCUGGUGAGUGAGGAUGAGAGAGUUGAGCAUUCGAGGACAGGAGGACGGGCUGUUUUGAGAGUUACAUGGUCUGCGAUCCGAACAUGAAGAAGGUUGGUCUACCGGCGAUGGCGAUGCAGGGGAGAUCCGGUCCUUUAGCUCCCAUGAAUGGACGGUUGGAGGCCGGUGAUCAAGGGGGCCCCUCGUCAGAGGCACAAAGGCGUGUCUUCAAGUCCGGACCGCUGACGCCCAUGUUGCCGAAAACCUACACGGAGAACCCUAGGGGUGUGUCAUAUGCAGAGUUUCACGACCGGCCACCGCCGGCCCACGCAGGAAGGAAAGAAAUAAGGUUUGGAGGAGCCAGUGGAAGCGGAGCAAGUGGGGCGGUCACCAUCGGCAGUGCUAUUGAGUCGCAGAGAUUUCGCGACACAGAUUCUCAAGUUUCAAUGUCUUCGGGCUCUCACUUUCAUCCUUCCCAUACUUCCCAUCCUUCCCAUCCUUCCCAUCCUUCCCAUUCGCACACGUACGCACACGGGCAUGCCCAGCCCAUCAAGAGUUGUCUGAAAGAUUCGUCCACGCACGGAAGCGAACGAACGACCAUGGGUUUGGGGAUGGAGAGCCCACAAUUAGGUCCAAUAGCUGUGCCUAUGUCCCCGUCAGUUGUUAGUAGCCAUGGGCUGACGUUCGACAGUGAUGGGCGGCAAAGGGAUGGGCCAGUGACUGGUGAAGAUGCUUCAGAGAGGGAGAGGGAGAGGGAGAGGGAGAGGGAUUGGAUGCUUGAUGGGGGAGGUGGACAUGGUGGGUUGUCGCCAGGAGAUUGGAACGAGGGGUGGUCGAGGUGGAAGGUAGGUGGUGGUGGGGAUUACAGCCUGAAUACAGGGGUUGGCCCUGGAAAUGGGUAUGUUCCGAGCAGAGCGCCCUUGCCGAGGCAUUCUGGGAGUUCGCAUAUUCCUCGAUCAGGGGUUCUUGGGCGUCGAUCAGUGGGGAUUUCCCCGUCUAACCACGUUGAAGAGGCCAGACGCGUGUCCGCCUUCUCGACGAUGGGAAAGGUAGGGAAAUCGGGAAUGAUCGGCAAGUCUGGCAUGAUUGGCAAGUCUGGGAUGGUUGGCAAGUCCGGAAUGGUCCCGAAGUCAGGGGCAGUCGGCAAAUCCGGGCUGUUGCUCGGCAAAUCGGGCAUCAUUGUUGGGAAGUCGGGCAUGGUGCGACCUGACGACAUCGAGGAAGAGAAAGAAGAGGACAGUGGAGAAAGCGACGCGGAAAGCGAAGACGAGUUGCCGGACGAUGUGGGGCUGUACUUGAAGUCGAGGAGCAAAAAGUGCUCGGGACGCCAACUUUCGCAAUGGAUCAUGCUCAUCACGUUGUGCUGCGCAUUAGGCCUGUUUCUUUUCAUCCCUCCCUUCAAAGGUUUGCGCGUCUUCCAUCUUCGCGUUUGGAAGCUUGUCGUGCUUGCGAUUGCCGUGAUGUGUGGCCCUCUGAUCUCACGCUGGAUCGUCCAGAUUCUCAUCGCGUUGAUUGGCAUGCAGUAUACGCUCAAGGAGAGAUUGUUGUACUUUGUAUGGGCAAUACGAAAGCCGGUCAGGAACACUUUGUGGGUGGCGUGCAUUCUGAGCACAUGGCUGGUCCUAUUUGAUUCCCGCAACUUCAAACAUCACCUGAGAGUUACGUUGGCAUUAGUGUGCAUCCUCGUGGCUCUUGGCAUGGUGUUGGUCAGGGUGCUGGUUGUGAAAUACGUUGCAAUUCACUUCUACGCGCAAGCGUUCUUCGAUCGAAUCCAGGAGACGAUCUUCGAUCAGCAUGUGCUGGAGAAUCUGUCUCUUCCGCUGCAGGACUUUGGGAUAGGCAACUGGGGGGGUCUGACGUCGGGGGACGAUGUGCCAGGGGUACCUGUUCACAAUGGGAACGAUUCUGACAGCGAUUACGAAGGCAACGGAGAGGCACCAGGAGGGCAAAAGAAAGUGGGUGCGAGUGUGGCCCGAGGCCAGGUAGGCGGCGGCGGCGGCGGGGGCUUAGACAUGGCAGGAGGACCAUUGGAACAGGUACCGCCGCCUCCUUCAGGCAUGGGAGGAGUCGAUUUGGUGCCGCCGCCAAAGCCUGCAGGCGAUUUCUCAGAAUCACUACAGCAGUCCAGGCCAGAACUUGUCACUGCUCCCAGCUUGGCAGGGUUUGUAACGGAGGUAGAGAAGGGGACAGCAGGGGAUAAUGCCUCUGGCAGUGGUGUCGGUGUCGGUGUGGGAGGAGGAGGCAUGUCAACCCCCCCAUCAGCAGCAGCAAGUGGAGGAGGAGGAGGAGGAGGAGGAGGAGGCGGAGGAGGAGGAGAAGCGGGCCAUCCUGAUGGGGGGAAGGGCGGAACAAUAAUCGCCAGGAGUGGGAGCUUGGUCAAGGACGUGCACGCAUCGUCGGGUGAUGGUGCUGGAACGGCAGCAGGAAUCGCAGAUGGACUGUUUGGAGAACUUCAAGGGGAUUUGAAGAAGGUGGCAGAUUCGGAAUCUGGCGUAUCCAGCCCAUUGUUCGGAGUAACGCAGAAAAAUGCGAUUGACGGGCGUUUCUGUGAUGAUAUGCUGAGUGAGUUUGUAGCUGUGGAGGUCGCGAAGAGUGCUGCGGAAAAGCCCAACUGCUGUGCUUCGGAGAAGAAUGGGAACAGCGGUGCGGUAAGUAGGCAGGUGUCCCUGAGGACCAUACAAGGGUCCUUGUUGCAGGCUGUCAGGUCCUUGCGGUGGGUAGGACAGGCGAUUUCCGUAAGGCGAAUCACUUCUCGAUCCUACUCGCGAAUGAAGGCAGACAGCCUGGGCGGUAGUGGUCGCAGGAGAAGAUCUAAAGACCCCGGGGAGCGAUCCAUGCGGAAGCGGCGUCUUCUGAGUCUGACAUCAGCUACUGUCUCUGCACGCGCAAUGGGAAAGCUGAUGAAAUUUAUCCAGCAGGAGAAGAUCUCGACGUACUCCACGCUGGUGGACAACUCUGUUCAGAAAGAUGGAGAGAUUCAGACCGAGGCGGAGGCCAAAGCGGCUGCGUAUCGCAUCUUCAACAACGUGUCCCGCGCGGGCAUGAACUACGUCGAAGAGGAGGACCUGUACUGGUUCCUUGAGGAGGAGGAUGCUCAGAAGGCCUUCCGGCGUUUCGAUGGCUGGGAGACAGGGAGGGUGACGAAGCGCGCGGUGAAGAAGUGGGUGCAGGAGGUGUUCAAGAAACGUCAGGCGCUCGCUGCAUCCAUCAACGAUACAUCCUCGGCGAUUAGCAAACUGGAUGGCCUCCUCACACCGGUCAUCUGGGGAGUCAUCGCGUUUAUUUGGCUUCGCAUAUGGGACGUCACUAGUGCGCCUGUCGUAGUCUUCUUCAUGUCGAUCAUAGCUUCCCUGAUCGUGGUCUUCGGCGCAACCGCACGGGCAACGCUGGAAGUCGUCAUGUUCCUCUUCGUCGUCCAUCCUUACGAUGUAGGAGAUCGUUGCACCAUCGACGGCGAAGAGCUGAUCGUUCACGAGAUCAAUAUCCAAAACACCAUCUUUUUGCGGUGGGACAACUUGAAAGUUUAUUAUCCAAAUGCACUUUUGAGAGAGAAGCCCAUCUUCAACUACUACCGAAGUCCUCACAUGUGGGAUAUCAUCCCUUUCGACAUUGCUGUGUCCACCCCUGUCGAAAAGGUCACCCGGUUGCGAGAGUGCAUAUCAAAGUACAUCGGGCGCACGCCGGAGCAUUUCCACCCCGACUUUUAUCUCAUGACCAGGGCCGUAGAGGAGCAUAAUAAGAUGACGAUGCAGCUGUGGGUUCAACAUGGAUUCAACUUCCAGGAGAUGGAAAAGCGGCUGCAGAGACGAAGCGACCUGAUCUUCCAACUGAAGAGCGACAUGGAUGAUCUGGGCAUUCACUACGCAUUGCUGCCGCAAGAGGUCCGGCUCGCACAGGGCGUGCCCGUGCUUGGUCACUCUCAGUAUAUCAAUCCUUUUGAGGGCUCUGGCGCUGGAGGUUCCAUGAGAUCGACCGAUUUCCGAUCGUUCGAACAUAGCCGUGGAACGCCCUACCACGGUUAAAACUAGUCACCAUGCCGCUUAAAACUAGUCACCCCAACCAGAAUAUAGAGUGUACCGUCAUUUUGCCUGCAUGUGGUCCAACUUCCAGUCUCCAUACAGCGAUUAUCACCAUACGUUCUAUUCGGGUGAAGACGGUAGUUACCCAACUUAACCCAACCCAACG